GCGCGAGCACUGAGUGUGCGUGGGAAUCUCUCCCGCACGCGCCGCCCCCUUUAUAAAUGAUGCGUAAAGGAUCUCCAGUAUCACACACAGCACUCUGAGACUUCAGAGAACUCAGGAGCAGAUGCUCAUCUCCGUCUCCACUUCAUCUUUUUCACUCUUUUCUAUUGCAUUUUGACACAAACCGACACUUAUCGACGGAUUUCUUCGUCGAUGAGGCUUUCGUAUAGUAACCGCGCUCGCACGAGCAAGUUCCGUUCGCUUCAUUCCGUCAAAUCAGGGAAUUUCAAGCACAGAUAAUAAUAAACCUCGUGAUAUCCCCCGAUGUGGGAGUGCUUUAGACAUGAAGGUCCUCGGCGAUGUUUAGACGCGAGGUGGGACGCAGGGUUUCCCUGUAACAUGCGCGGAUCGGGGGAUCCCCACUGACACUCACGCGCUGCUGAACAGAGACUGCCACAGACACUUUGGAGAUUGCAUGAAAAUGGUCCAGAACGUGAUUUUGGUGUUUUUCCGCAGGAGACUGAGUCAGAGACCAGCGGUGGAGGAGCUGGAGAGCCGGAACAUCCUCAAACAGAGGAAUGACCAGACAGAGCAAGAGGAGAGAAGGGAAAUUAAGCAAAGGCUAAACAGAAAGCUCAACCAGCGGCCCACCGUUGACGAGCUGCGGGACAGAAAGAUUCUGAUCCGUUUCAGUGACUAUGUGGAAGUGGCCAAAGCUCAGGAUUACGACAGGAGAGCAGACAAGCCCUGGACGAGACUAUCUGCUGCAGAUAAGGCGGCGAUACGAAAAGAGCUGAAUGAGUUCAAGAGCAACGAAAUGGAGGUUCAUGCAUCAAGCAAACACCUGACAAGGUUCCACCGACCAUAGCAAGGUUUCUUCCGUGAAGAAUAUGCUAACGGUAUCUCUAAGACCUCAGGAGGCUGUCCAUGGCUGCUCCAUGGAGGGCCUGAUAUUUGGGCGCUAGUGAACCUUGGAGGCUAUGUCUCUGGAGCUUCAGCCUGAAGAAGCUAAAACCCUCCAAACUCCACUCAGUCCAGCUACAAGUCUGUAGAUUAUUGAACCUUUAUUCUUUUUCAGGGGACUCUAAUGGGACGGUGGAAGACUGUUUGAAAAAAAAAAAAAGACAUUGACUUUUUCGUUUUUUUGUAAUGGACUGUUUUAACCGGUCGCCUUUUGAUGCCAAUAGGGGGGCGGGUGGGGGGCUGGGGCUCAAGCAUGUGACUCUUUCGAACUCUUUUUCCCACACCAGUGUUGGUGCUGUAGUGACACCCCGAACGUUUCUGGGCUCCUACUAAAACUUGAGUUUCAUAUCAGCUGUAUAGAUGUUAGUACGAGGAACGGAAAUCAUGUCUUACCUUUGCAAGGACUAUUUAUUGUCUGUACAGUACAAG